UAACGAAAGACGCUACUGGCGAAGCAAGCACCCGCCCAAACCCGCUGACCAGCCAUCGGGAGGACACUAGAAAAAAAAAGAGAGAAUAGCUUCCUUGAACAGAAGUGUACUUAUCACCUGGUACCGCGCAUGAAACAAACAAGUGACAAUUAUUUAAGUAUCAGGCCAACGUAAACCUACCCCAGGUCCUUAAAAGAGUCGAUAGUGCCGGAACCAAGGGUAACAAGUGCUUCGGCUGCAAGCUAACCUGGACAAGGACAACCAAGAGAAAAACCUGAAGGCAAUGAAGCACCGGCAGCCGGCCUACCAAAUAAUAGACGGAGUGCCUAGAUGCAUCAACAUAAAUGCCGAUACGCUGAGAGAAAAUCUGAAAUUCAGAGCGACGAAAGGAGACGUCGUGCUCUUGACGUUUCCGAAGAGCGGAACACAUUGGCUGAUGUACAUCACACAGCUCAUGCUGAGGGAAGGAGAACCCAUAACAACACACGAUGAAUUCAGUAAAGAAUGGCGCUUUCUGGAGUACAUGGAGAUCAAGGAGUGGAAAUCAUCUCUGCCUCUGAGGACAUUAGCCACACACAUUCUCCCGGACGAAACAACGAUGACGGACGAAGGGAAGUACAUAUACGUCGCCCGCAACCCUUGGGAUGUUUGCGUCUCGUUCUACCACAUGAUGAGCAACAUGAGUCACUUUGAUUUCCAGGAUGGCACGUUCGAAGAGUUUGUUGACACCUUUCUCAGUGGAGACUUCGGUUACGGGGACUACUUCGAACACGUUGCAUGUGGUUAUGCUCUCAAGGAACAACCGAACGUCUUCUUUGUGACAUAUGAAGAAUUGAAGAGGAACACGCAAGAGGUCGUGCUGAGACUGGGUUACUUUUUGGGAGAGCGCUACGGCCGUGCUCUAGAAAAUGACGAGUCGAUGCUUCAAGAGCUCCUGCAGAGGUCGCGGCCCGAAAAUAUGCGAAGCGUGGUGGUGAUUAACCUCAACGGCAGCGCGAAUCCUCACUGGGACAAUCUGAUCAAUCGGAGAAAGGUUACGUGUAAAGAAGGUUACGAGGGAGACGAGAACAGGUACGCGUUUGUGAGAAAAGCCAAGGUUGGUGAUUGGAAGGAGCACUUUACGCCCGAGCUCUUGCGACGAAUGGAGAAUAGGAUUCUAGAGGCGGAGAAGCAAUCGCCUUUCAUGAGCCUGUGGAAAGACAUCCGUGCAGAAGCUAUUCAACGCAUUGAAAAUUAAUAAUAAAUAUCCCUGAU